UCCACAUGUCUUUUGCGUCACCCGUCCAAUAUUGUCUUCUCUCUGUCACCAACCAAAACCUUUCUUCUUUAAUCUUUUAUUAUUGCUCUGUUCUUGAGAGUAAAAAAAAAAAAAAACUUUUGAUUCCUUUCCUUUUUCGCGUGCGAAAAAGACGAAAAGUCUUGAAAUUUCGAAGUCUCCUUUUUCUGAAGAUUCAAGAAGACCCCAUCUCCACAAAACCCACUUGAGAUUUAUUUUUUAGAUCUCGUCGAAAGGGUUUUAGAUGGGUGUGGCUCAGUCUGGUCUUCACAAGGAUUCGUCUUCUUCUUCGUCUUCGUCGUCGUCGUCUUGUUUUGGGGAUGGGGAUCUAUUGAAGAUUGGUUUAGGUGAUUUGCCAGAGGGUUGCGUGGCUAUGAUUGUUGAGAAUUUGGAUCCCGUUGAGAUCUGUAGAUUCUCGAAGCUCAACAGAGCAUUCCGCGGCGCUUCUUGGGCUGAUUGCGUCUGGGAAUCGAAGCUUCCUCCGAAUUACAGAGUUCUUCUCGAGAAAAUCCUUGGUGGUUUCCCGGAAAAUUUGCAAAAGAGACACCUUUAUACUUGUCUCUCCAGGAUUAACUCAUUUGAUGACGGCACCAAGGUGUGGAUAGACAAACGAACCAGUGGUGUUUGUCUAUCCAUUUCAGCUAAAGGAUUGUCCAUCACAGGCAUUGAUGAUCGUAGAUAUUGGAGUCAUAUCCCCACUGAUGAAUCUCGGUUUUCAUCUGUGGCUUAUCUUCAACAAAUCUGGUGGUUUGAAGUUGAUGGGGAAAUCGAUUUCCCAUUCCCGGUUGGAACCUACAGCAUCUUCUUUAAGCUUCAACUAGGCCGGUCGGGAAAAUGGUUUGGUCGACGGGUCUGUAACACCGAACAAGUCCAUGGUUGGGACAUUAAACCGGUUCGGUUUCAACUCUGGACAGAAGAUGGUCAACAUUCCUCAUCUCAAUGCAUGUUAACUGAGCGAGGAAACUGGACUCACUACCACGCCGGAGACUUUGUUGUCCGGGAAUCGAAUAAGUCAUCGACAAAGAUUAAGUUUUCGAUGACUCAGAUCGAUUGUACACAUACCAAAGGCGGGUUAUCUCUAGACUCUGUAGUCGUAUACCCAAGCUCGUGUAAAAGCCAGUUGAAGCGGUUUUAAUGCUUCAACCGGAUCCGGUUUAGUGAGAGGGUUAAAGCAGGUUUUUAAUGCAGUUCUUUAAGCCUUUCUAUAGAUGUAGUUUUAGAGCUUCUUUUUUUAGAGAGCUUUUGUUUUGUUAACUUAAUUGAGUUUUGAAGUUGCAAGACUGUAAUGAUAUGUAUACUGGUUAUGAAACUAAAUAAUCUUGGGUUACAAUUCAAUA